AUGGUGAAAAGUCAAAAAUCAAAAACGACCAAGGGCAAGAGUGCAAGGUCGAAAUCGUCGAAAAGAAGCAGCGAGUCGAGAAAAGAAAGAUCCAAGGCUGCGCUGGAAGCAGCAAAGAAGAGGCAUGCCGCAAAAAUCCGAAAGACGUACCAGGACGGCAUUGCACGCCUCCAGGCUGCAAUCAACCAGGACACGACGGAAAGCAGGAAGAUCAACGACAAGCUUGCGGAGCUUGCGGUUGACAGCAGCAAAAAAGCGCGUCAGCAAGCGGUCGAGGCGGCAGCGGAGAGGAAGGAGAUCCUCAAAAGACUCGAAAAGAAUAAGGAGCUCGCCGAGAGCAUCGAAGAGAAGAUAGAAUUAGCCGCGGCAGACAAGGCACGCAAGGAGAUGGAGAAGAUGGAUGUCGACGAAACCGGCGAGAACGAGACGACAAGCAAUGAGGACAGCAGCGAGUCUGGAAGUGAAUCGGACGAAUCACAAUCGUCUGGUAGCGAAUCUUCGUCCACAUCAGAGUCAUCAUCAUCGUCUGCGACAGAAGCAUGGCAGUCGGCUGGAGGCCGGCAGAGCCAAGACAAGCGAUCGAGCGAUCAGAACCGGGCGCCGAGGCCAGAGAUAGCCGACUACCAUGGCAAGCCUGGAGGACGGGAGGGGCAGGAGAGACAUGCCCAGGGAAAGAACGAGCUGUACCGCAAGGUACUAGAUGGCUACAAUACAACAACGUUUGUCAAGUUUGGAAGUGGCGGGGACGACCCCCUGGGACUUGGCGAGAUGGGUAUCGCCGUAAAGACGACCAAAGGAAAGGACAAACCGAAGGAGAAGAAGAAGCAGGCGGAGCGCGAAGUCGACGAACGGACGCGCGCGAUCGACAAGUUGCUGGAGGGCAUUGAAGGACCGCCAGAGCCGGAGGAGAAAAGGCGGAAGAAGGAGAGGAGGACAAUAUGGACGGCUCGGAAGCAGAAGGAAGAGCACAAAUGCGACAGAAAUGGCCACGCGAAGCGAGGAUAG